GGAUGUAGCCGAAUUCCAAUUUCUAACCUUGUUCCAACACAUCACCCAACAGGAGUUCAAAACGCGGUACCCAACAAGAGUGCUGGAGGGCUUUACAGGAUUUAGGCGGCCCUCGGUCAACAAUCCCGGCUGAAUUACCAUGUCGCUCCACCAGCCUGAGAUUACGGAGUCCCGUCCCAAACCCCUGCAAGGCCUCUUAGGAGGGAUUGGCAUUGCGCUGUCCGUUCAUUCUCUUCUGGUGCUUAAUGGAUCUGUCCUCGGGGUUUCUGCCUUUGUUCACUGCUCACUUCGAGGAGAUAAAGUAGCGAUGGCUUCCGUCUUGGGUCUGGUUCUAGGUGGUAUUGCAGUUGGUAUCAUCGGUGAUAUGGACACCCCGGCACCCCGCACGGCGUCUUUGCUUCUCCGAAUGGUAUUUUCUGGAUUGCUCGUCGGUAUUGGGACCAAGCUAGCCAAUGGAUGCACCUCAGGCCAUAUGAUUUGCGGCUUGUCCCGAUUUUCUCUUCGUUCCCUGGUGGCAACAACCACGUUCUUUGCAAGUGCUGUAGCUACAACCUACUCCGCUUACGGAAAUGACGCUCUUGGAACAUCUGGGUCUUUGGAUUGGACCCUCGGUGAUAACCAGGGACGACAGUUCCUGGGCGCAAUUCUUUCCCUCGCGACCCUGUGGUUUGCGUACACGUGCUCGACUCUCAAGAAUGGCACUGGCAACAGUUCAAAAUUCGUGAGCUGGAAGAUCCAUUCUUGUGCUAAUCUUGUGCCGAACACCCUCCAGUCCAUUCUUCGGUAUCUGGCGAGCUUGUUGACGUCAUUGGCUUUCACGUUCUCCCUCCGCCUUGGCAAUAUGGUCGAUCCACACAAAGUUCUGGCAUUCUUGGCGUUACCGGUGUCCUCAGCAUUCGACCCGACGCUGGCGUUCGUUGCAGGAAGCGCUCUGCCUUUGGCUACCCUGCUCUAUCGGUAUGCACGUGUGAAACAACCCAAGCUCGGUGGCAAAUGGAACGUCCCGACCUCCACCAAAAUCGACUGUAGGCUCAUACUUGGUUCAGUAAUAUUUGGGAUUGGCUGGGGGAUCGCUGGUGUCUGCCCUGGCCCUGCUCUAGUCAAUUUCGGACGUUCUCUGUAUGCUGGUAUUGGUUUUGUGGAGUAUGUGGCUUGGCUUUUGUCCAUGGGUUUCGGUGGUAUGCUUGUUAAGUGACGUGAUCAUCACAAGUCGCUUGAUGCUGAAAGCUAUAAUCACUAGGAUUUUGUCUCACAUCACAGUUUUUUUUUGUCAUAUAUUCUGUUUCCUUAAUGCUAGCCUAAUGCAAUGCGUGUGUAAC